AUGAAACACAUGUCAUCAACUUUAAGAGAAAAAAUGAGUACAGCUAUUAAGAAAAUGUUAAAUGAUGAUAUUAUUGAACAUGCCACUGGUCCAACAGAAUGGUUGUUACCAGCUAUGGCAGUUCCAAAGAAAAAUGGUGAAAUACGAAUUAUCGAUGAAAUUGUAUCAGAUAUACAUGAUGCGAAAGUAUUCUCCAAAAUAGAUUUGCGUUAA